CGCGCCGCGCUCCCACCUGUGGCCGCCGCCGUCUCCGCUCCGGUCCGCGCUCGGGAGCUCCGCCAGGUCAGUCCCGCUCCUGCCAGACCCCCCCCGAGACACCCCCGUCUACUCCCGGGCGAGGCCGAGGAGCGGCGCUGCUGCCGCCGCGCGUGGGGCCGAGCGCGAGCGGGGCCAUUGUGCGGGUGCCCCCCAGGACGGGCCGAGCAGGGCCGGAGCUUCCCGGUGCGUCCCGGCCGAGCGGUCCCGGGCAGCGCCACGUGCCACCAGCGCUUUAGGGCGAGCGCCGAGUGCGAAGGCACCGCCCGGCCCGGCCUGAGCGACGCGCGGACCCUCUCGCGCCGUAGCCCCCGGCAGCGCCCAGACCCGCGCGGCUCCCGAGGAGACGCCGGGACAGCGGGAGCGCGGCCCGUGAGGAGCGCAGCGAGCGCGGCGUCAGGCGCUGCUGCCCCGGAGCCCGCGGGUCCCUGCGAGGCGCCGCGGAGCGAGGAAACUCCGAUCGGCACUUGGGGCUUGUGAAGAACUGCGAUCCAAGGCAACUUUUCACUGUCUCCGCGGUGCUGAAAACAAGAGCGAAGGAGAGCCUGGUUGUGUGUGUUGGUGUUUACAAGUGGUUCAGGAUAGGUAAAAAGAAGAUGUCGGGUCGCCGUGUCGCUGCAGCGUGUGACAGACGACAGCUGCCCCGGGGCAUGGGGAGCAUGGCAGCCCCGCUGCUCGACCCGCGCCCGCUCCGGCUGCCGUUUCUCGAGGCUGACAGCCGCCUCCCAUCGAUGUGCGGGCGCUCGAUGCAGCAGCCUUCGCGGAGGAGCGUCCUGCGGGCCCGGCCGCCCCCGCCGCUGCCGCCGCCGCCGCCGCUCGAUGCGCUCCGCGCUCCCGCCGCCAUCUUAGGGGCAGAGCGCGGGCGGCAGAAGGAAGGCUCGGCCCCCCCAAGGCAGUCCCUGCUCACAAUGUAUAGGACAAAAGUCAGUUUGAAAGACCGCCAGCAACUUUACAAACUGAUAAUUAGUCAGCUGCUGUAUGAUGGAUACAUCAACAUUGCCAAUGGCUUGAUAAAUGAGAUCAAACCACAGUCUGUCUGUGCACCCUCUGAGCAACUGCUGCACCUAAUUAAGUUAGGCAUGGAGAACGACGACAGCGCUGUCCAGUACGCCAUCGGCCGCUCGGACACCGUGGCACCGGGCACCGGCAUCGACCUGGAGUUCGACGCCGACGUGCAGACCAUGUCCCCCGAGGCUUCUGAGUAUGAGACCUGCUAUGUGACAUCCCACAAGGGGCCCUGCCGUGUGGCCACCUACAGCAGGGAUGGACAGUUAAUAGCCACUGGCUCGGCCGAUGCCUCCAUCAAAAUCCUGGACACCGAGAGGAUGCUGGCCAAGAGUGCCAUGCCCAUCGAGGUCAUGAUGAAUGAGACAGCACAGCAGAACAUGGAGAACCACCCUGUGAUCCGGACUCUGUACGAUCACGUGGAUGAAGUGACGUGUUUAGCUUUCCACCCAACAGAGCAGAUCCUGGCAUCUGGCUCAAGGGACUACACACUUAAAUUGUUUGAUUAUUCAAAACCUUCUGCCAAAAGAGCCUUCAAAUACAUCCAGGAAGCUGAGAUGUUACGCUCCAUUUCUUUCCACCCUUCUGGGGAUUUCAUCCUGGUGGGGACCCAGCACCCAACCCUUCGUCUGUACGACAUCAACACCUUCCAGUGCUUUGUGUCCUGCAACCCCCAGGACCAGCACACCGAUGCCAUCUGCUCCGUCAACUACAACGCCAGUGCCAACAUGUACGUGACAGGCAGCAAGGAUGGCUGCAUCAAACUCUGGGAUGGGGUCUCCAACCGCUGCAUCACCACCUUUGAGAAGGCACACGACGGAGCUGAAGUCUGUUCUGCUAUUUUUUCCAAAAAUUCCAAGUAUAUUUUGUCCAGUGGGAAAGACUCUGUGGCUAAGCUCUGGGAGAUAUCCACUGGUCGGACGCUGGUGAAGUACACAGGUGCUGGCUUGAGCGGCCGCCAGGUGCACAGGACUCAGGCUGUGUUCAACCACACAGAGGAUUAUGUUCUGCUGCCUGAUGAAAGGACCAUAAGCCUGUGCUGCUGGGACUCGCGGACUGCCGAGCGCAGGAACCUGCUGUCCCUGGGGCACAACAGCAUCGUGCGCUGCAUCGUGCACUCCCCCACCAACCCCGGCUUCAUGACCUGCAGCGACGACUACAGGGCCAGGUUCUGGUACAGGAGAUCCACCACAGACUGACGACAGCUUGCCAAGCAGGGAUUCCCCAGCUCCUGCACCCCUGGGUGAUUGUGCUGCCUCUGGGACCGCUUUGGAUUCUGUCAGACGUGGCAGGAAAAGAACAAAUAUUGAGACUCUUCACCCCACGCUAAUUUUUUUUAUUAGUGUGCGUGGUUUCAUUUUUCUAAGUCAUCUCUAUUUUUUCUGAAGGGAGGGGGUGGAGAAUAAAAUGAUCCUGGCAGGAAGGGCUAAGCUUGUUUCCCUGCCUGUCUGAAUCACACCCAAGAGAAUGGGACUGUCCUGCUCAGAGGGGGCAGAAGGAGCCAGUUCUGCUCUGUGCUGUCUCUGUGCUAUCCCACUAAACUCUGGUAGAGAACAGAUCACUCGAAGAGCAGCAGAACUUGGUGUAGAUACUUUAAUGAAGCCUUAAGCUGCCUUCAGCCACAAUUCAUUAUUUGUAAAGUUCUGGUUUGUGUCUUUCAAUCUCGGGUUUUGGUGAAUUGUUUUUUGUGUUUCUUGUUCAUUGGCCACGUAGGCCUUCAGUUCUGAGUUGUGUCAUAAGAAUUCAAACAGGAUUUUAUGUUUGGAUGAAUUCAAGGAAUGGUCUUCUAGUUCUGGUGUUAAAACUCAGACUUCAUCUCAUCCUCUUUUGAAUUUAUCGUAACGAGUGGGACCUCAAAAUGAAUUCCUAAUAGUUUUAAGGAAUAUCGACAUUGCAACUAAAAUGUGACAGUGCUGCUGCAGGUGAAAAUGAGGAUAAUUUUGCCUUAGAGACCUUUAGUAUCCUCAAAGAAAGAAACCUGUGCAUCUGAAUUUUUGUAUGUGUACCUCAGAAAUGUCACUGUUUCAUUUGACUGAGAAAUGUUCAUCUGUCUAUUACACAGCACUUCAAUUACAUUCUUUUUUAAUUAGUCACAAACCCAGUACCCAUUGUGAAGAAACUGUGCUUAAAAUGUCUCUAAGUUGGAAAAUUCACAGCGUAUUCUCACAGAGAUCUGCCUGAGCAUAGUCUUAAACUUUUUUUUUUUUUUUUUUUUUUGAGGCCUCCUCGUGCAGAGUUCAUGGGCAUCACAGCUGGGAACUCCUUUGGUCAGAGCUCAGCACUUGCCUUUGUGAGGGCUUUUAAAUGUGAGGUGGUUCUUGCUGCUGGAUUAACUCCCAUUACACUGAGGAAUUAUUAAGGGCUGGUGAGGGUACAGGUUUAGUCUGUAUUUAAAUAAAGAUUGCCUUUUAAAAAGCUCUUUGAUACAUAAAGAAGGAAUUGUGUUUGUUUUCUGUAUAACGAAGGAGAGACGGUCAAAUUGGGGAGGUUGGGGCUUGGGAAGUGAUGAAUUUGUUGUGUUCCACCUGAAUCGGGUACAAUUAAAAUGUAGAAUGUG